AUGGUCUCCCUCUGGGGAAAGAAGGGUGACGAUGAAGAGACCCCUCAGAAUGGCGAAUCCAGUGACCAUAGCCCAGAAGCCCCCCGCAGCUCUGAAGCAAACGAGCGAACCCAUCUGCUUCCACCUCAGAAUCACGAUGGAUAUCUGAGUCCAGAUGAUCCUGCUGUAUCACCAUAUAAUCUCUGGACCGUCCGAGCCUUAAGAUACUUCACUGUCAUCUUCACCGUUGCAACUUUCCUAUGGUGGACACUUCUACUGGUCUCUAUCUUUGUGAGCCCGCCUGGAAUGCACAGCCGCGGCUCGGGCUUCUUCGACUUCUCAUACACAACUCUAACCCUCGGCGUCCUGCUCAUCGUCCUCCUAUUCUUCUCCACACCAUCCAAAGCAGCACAAGCCACAUGUCUGAUCCUCGCGUUCAUUCUACUGGUCGACAUGAUUAUCAUUGUCUCUGUACCAAAACUUCGUGCUGAAGAAGGUUGGGUUGGAAUUACCAGUAUCGUCUGGGCCACCCUCAUCGCUUUCUGGACCGUCUUGACUGACAGGAUUGUCGCUUGGGGCAAGCACGAGGAAGAAGAACGCUUGACUGGCCGCCAGGAAACCCGUCGCACACUCCGGGAAUGGUGUUCUGUUUUAACCUCUACUAUCAUUUUAAUCAUUCUAGCUGUAGUUGCAGUUCUUUUGUCUGCAACCCUGAUCCUUCGAUCUCGCGAUGCUUCUCUCGCUCCACCAGGAGAGCGUUACUAUGUUGAUGGCGACAAGUACCAAAUCCAUGUUUUCUGUGAAGGGAGCUCAACCGAUUCAAAGGGCAAGACAAUUCCAACCGUUCUAUUCGAUGCCGGCGAUGGACCAUUUGCUGGAGGAAUGAACCAAAUCGCUCUGGGUGCAGUUGCCAACGGGAGCAUCAGCCGUUACUGCUACUCGGAUCGUCCCGGAAUUGGGUGGUCAGAUAAUGCACCAUCCCCAUUCUCCGCCGGCAUGGCAGCUGAUGCCUUGUCUGAGGCUUUGGCCCGUGCCGGAGAGGAGGGUCCAUUCGUUCUUGCAAGCGCUGGUAUUGGUACCGUGUACAGCCGCGUUUUCUCUGCCCGUCACGGCCGUGAGAUCAGUGGUCUUCUUCUCAUAGAUCCCCUACACGAAGACCUCCUGCACCGUAUCGGUGCCCCUGGCCGGGGUUUCACACUCUGGGCAUGGGGUAUUAUUUCUCCCCUCGGCUUGGAGCGAUUGCCUGGUGCUAUUUUCAAAGGCCGCACCAGAGAAGACCGUGUUUAUGGCCGCUCAGCUUACCAAAACGGAAAAUUCAUCAAAGCCAAGCUUCAAGAAUCUUUAGUAGCCGAUUCUUUGACGAAGAACGAAGUCAGUAGCGCAAGGACUAUUCAACUCCCGCAUAUUCCUUUGGCUAUAAUCAGUUCUGGGAUCAAUGUCCGAAAAGAUAGCGAGUGGGAGAAGAAACAAAGGGAUCUGACACACUUGACAAAUAAACUUGUUGCCUGGGAUGUUGUCAAUAAAGCGCCUUCGGAGGUUUGGUCGACAUUUGAGGGUAGAGAGAUUAUUGAGAAGAGACUGAAGGAAUUGGUGAAAGGCUGA